UCCAUUGUUUUAAAUCAGUUUAUCCCUUUCGACUGUAUCAUUUGAACAGUAUUACAAUAGAAAAAAAAAAUUAAACCUAGUAAGGCCUCUGAAAGUGGAGGCAGUGUACUAUAAACUCAUUCCCCCUAAUGUCCAGAUCGUAUCAGCAGAAGGUCGUCCAUUCGGACAAGAAAGACUUUGAAUGGUUUUCAAAUCUGACCUCUAACCAGGGUUUACCAUUUUCCAGACCAGGUCUUCUCCCCCUUUCCCAUGACUCCACUAUUAUCCCUCCACCCGUUCCAGAAUCAAUUCCCACAACCCCAGACGCAGAAAUCACAUUACAGAUGUUCAACUCUUAUAAUGAUCCUCCUCCUGCGUUACCCCAAUACAACGUAUCCGUUCUCAGAGCCAGAAACAGGCAAGAGUCAGACGUGCUGAGUACCCCAGAGGUACCACCCAUGACGUUAAACAACCCUCCUAAAAACCUUCAUCGUGUCAUUGCCGCGUGUACCUGGUGUUUCUGUUGUGGUUUCAGUGAUGGUGCCCCAGGUGGUCUCUUACCAACCAUCGAGGCAUACUACAACGUCUCGUAUACAAUGGUUUCUCUCAUUUGGAUGGCUAGUGCCCUUGGAUUCAUUCUCGUGGCGUUUUUAUCCUCCACGUUGAGCCGGUAUCUCGGUAAACGGACCUCUCUUUGUGUGGGUAUUGCUUUUCAGGUCGCGAUGUAUGCCAUGGUCAGUCCAGGAGGUCCAUUCGAGGUAACUGUCGUGGCCUUCUUCUUCUGUGGUACUGGCUUGGCAAUUUGUUCAGCACAGCUAAACAUCUUCCUCAGUAGGCUAGACCACUCAGCCACAUAUUUGGGCUACUUCCAUGGCUGCUACGGAGCCGGUGCCACGGUUGCACCCCUUAUCUCCAAGUCUAUGGUGAAUGCCGGAGUGAAAUGGAGCUACUUCUAUGCAAUCCUUCUUGGCUUGGCCUUCUGUAACGUAGCAAACUUUUGGGUAGCCUUUGAAGGAGCAGAUGAAGAUUUAAAGCCAUGGGAGGCAACUGUGGGUGAAACGCCGACCCAGAAUGCAAGGGACGAAGAACAAGCGGAGAUAUCAUUGGUGUCAAUCGAUGCCUGGAUACCUAAUAACAGUACUAUUGCUCCUGAUUGUUAUGACAUUGGCUAUAUAUACACCAAAACCAAGGACGAGCCAAAAAGGGUGCGUGUGGGAGGCUCAAUUAUGGAUCAUACAGACACCAAAGACUGUGAAUUCAACUCCCAACUUAGUACCAACCCAACUACUGGGAUAUCAGGUUAUUUCCAAGAUCGGAACGAGACAAAUCAAGGUUCUCACAAUGAAAUGGCCGCCCCUAUGACAAGCAUUAAUUAUGGAUACGAAAUGGAGACUCCAUCAGUAUCCGUUGCUCAAUCAGCGAGUAUGGCUCCGUCUCUUCCGCUUAUUCCAACUUCCAGGAAAGAAAGCCUCACCAUGCUUGUUCUCAAGGACAUUCCUCUGGGGCUUCUAUGCCUCUUUUCAAUGUUUUACACCGGGGGUGAGGUGGCUCUCGGGGGCUGGGUCGUGACCUUUCUCCUUCGGUCCCGAAAUGGUAAUCCCCGCAACAUCGAGUAUGUUGCUUCCGGGUUCUGGGCUGGUUUGACGAUUGGCCGUCUUGGUCUUACGCGUCUUGGCAAUAGAUACUUGGGCGGACGUAGAGGCGUCAUAGUUUUCAUGCUCUUGGCCAUUAUCUUUGGCUUGCUCACCUGGUUGGUUCUGAAUGUGGUUGUCGCAGGUUUGUGCGUGGGACUUUGUGGAAUGGCCAUCGGCCCAGUCUACCCACUAAUGAUUACAGUGGCUACAAGACACUUUCCGCGAAAGGUCCUGGUGGUGGCGUUGACGAUUAACACGGCGAUGGGGUCGGCCGGGGGUGCUCUCUUUCCAUUCCUUGUGGGUCUACUCUCUCAGUAUGUAGGGACCUACGUGGUGAUGCCUGUUUUUAUUGGGUUGUUCAGCGCGUGUUUGGGCUUUUGGUUAGUAUUGCCAAAUAUUGAUCGGAAUGUUAAAACUGCCUGGUGGCAUCAUGUUUGGUGAGUUGCGCUAGUUCUCAGCUCUGAGCUCUAUUAGACCCACUGAUAGAUUCUAUGUGAUUUCCUGAAACUUGCAUAUGCCUUAUAGACGUAUGUAUACGUGUUGUAGCCCUUCGUGCAUGGCGUAGCUAUUCCCGAUCGGGAAAUAUUUCGCGAUCAAUUGCUUACUAUAUGACGAGUUAGUACCCUGUAGGGAUAUUUUUGUCGUCUACAAUCUAGUAU